AUGGCAAAACACCUCAUUACAACUUUGGCACUUGUAGCCGGUGCCUUCGUCCCUGGUGUCCUCUCGCACAAGACGGAAUGUUCGGACGUGACUGCAUGGGCUGAUAUCAAGAAUCCUUCCUUUGAACACGGAACUUCUGGAUGGAGUUACACCUUCGAAGCAAGCACAUCCUCCGCCCACGCUGCGAACGGGUCGGAUUCUCUGUACCUGCCAGGUGAAGCUCGGUCCUGGAACGUAUAUCAGACAGUUGAUCAUCUCAUUCCUGGAACAUCUUAUGCAGUUUCGGUCGAUAUUCUUCCGUACAUGAACCCUACAUUUUCGAUGCUGGAAACAUGCAAUAUUUACCUUUACCAUGAUUCCCUUACGCCACCGAACUUGAUUUCAUACAAAGUCGGGCAGGCAUACAACAAGAACACCAACAACUGGUCUAAACUGUCUGGUACAUGGACUCCAAAGGCAUCUAGUGCCUUGUUGGGAUUUUAUGCCUCUUGUGGGCCAUAUGAUCUCAAUUCUAUUUUCAGUAUGUAUAUCGAUAACUUCCAAGCAACUUAUACAACUUCGGUGUGCACCACCAGCACAAGCACAAGCUCCUGCUCAAGGACCACUGCGACCUCUAGUUCAAGCUCAAGCUCAAGCAGCAGCACUGUAAUUACGACACCGGCCAGUACACCGACGCCAACACCUUCGUCUAGCUCAAGCGCCGUCCGCAUCAACACCCCGAGCAGCACGCUUAGCAGUUCUCCAACGACGACGCAAGCUUCCAGCUCGGUUGUUGUACUUCCAAGCUCAAGUGCUGUGCCAAGCAGCUCCGCAGUUGUCAUUCCUAGUACGAGUGCAGUCGUUAUUCCCAGCUCAAGUGCCGUCCCAAGCAGCUCCGCAGUUGUCAUUCCUAGUUCGAGUGCAGUCGUUAUUCCCAGCUCAAGUGCCGUCCCAAGCAGCUCUGCAGUCGUCAUCUCCAGCCCUAGGCCAUCACGCACUCCGUGCCGAACCUCUCGUUCUACCACCCCGGCAGUUCCCAGCAGCUCAGCAGUUGUCAUUCCUACUUCGAGCGCAGUCGUCAUCCCCAGCACUAGCGCCAUUCCCAGCACUAGGCCAUCACGGACACCAUGCCGAACCUCUCGUUCUUCCACCCCGGCAGUCUCCAGCUCCAGCGCAGUUCGCACCGGUACAAGCACUCGUCGUCCAUGCUCAUCUUCCGGAGCUGUUACCACUAGAGCCUCUUCAUCCUUUGUCAGCAGCAUAAUCACCACUCGUUCUACACGAUCUUGCACUUCGACCAGAACUGGUACAGCCUCAGGUUCUGUGGCAACUACAUCUUCUUCUGCCUCAAUCUCUAGCUCUACCGCAAGCUCAGCGUCCUCCUUGACAACGACAGCAACCACCAGCAUUUCAGACUCUGCAAACCCUACCACCACGAUCAGUGCUACUACUAUUACUGCUAUAACGACUACUGCUAUAACGACUACUGCUCUCGGCUCGACGACCUCAACAGUCUUCACGACCCGCACGAGCACAAUCACUGCCUGCCCAACAACAGUCACAAACUGUCCUGCGCACUCAACCUACGUCGUAACCGAGACCAUCGUCGUCUCAACAACCGUCUGCCCCGUCACAGCCACCGCACGCCCAACAGGUACCGGUAGUGGUACUGGCGGCACAGUCGGAGGAGGGGAUCAACUCUCAACCUCUACUCUCCUCUCUACCCGUAUCGUGACUAUCACCGCCUGCCCAUCCACAGUCACCAAUUGCCCGGCUUCUCAGCAUACUACUUAUACUACCACUGAAGCCGUUGUAACUGGUACAGUGGUGUAUACAGUCACAGGAACUGGGCCUGCCGGAGCCGGUGUCGUUGGCUCUGGUACCGCUGUUGGAGGUCAACCUGCUCCUACCACCGUCUCUGUAAACCCUGGCCAGCUUUCUGAAAAUGGAAAUAGCAAUAGCAGUGGCAACAACAACAACAACAACAACAACAACAACAGUAGCAGCAGCAGCAAUGGCAAUAGCAGCGGUAGCGCCCCAUCAACUUUCAAAUCCUCCUCUUCUUCCUCCGCAACCCCCUCAUCUCACAUAUCCCUCCCCGCCGUCCCAACCGUUACUGGUACUUCUUCUACCGGCAAACCCACCGGAACAAAAACUGCAUCCGCCGUCACAGGUCUCUACACCGGUGCCGCAGCGCCAGGCAUCACUCUCGAUACUAGUAUCUUGAUGGCUGUUCCUGCUGUGUUGGCUAUUUUGGCUUUGUAGAUUUGAUAUUCUUCCCCCUAGUUAUUAUUUAAUCUUUUUCUAUU